GUCAGCGUCAUUCAUCGGAAUUCGCCAAAGUCGCUCGAAAUCAACCGGAGUUGUACGUUGUAAGUAAUCUUACUGUAUUGAAUUCAGGACGAUAUAAUGGCGGAUAAUGAUGACCUCUUGGAUUAUGAGGAUGAAGAACAAACCGAACAAGUUGUUGAUGGAAGUGGAGAUGUUCCUGCAAAGAACAAAGAAGUAAAGGGCACAUAUGUCUCUAUCCACAGCAGUGGAUUUAGAGAUUUUCUUCUUAAGCCAGAGAUUUUACGUGCUAUUGUCGAUUGUGGUUUUGAACAUCCAUCUGAAGUGCAACAUGAAUGUAUUCCUCAAGCAGUGCUUGGUAUGGAUAUACUGUGUCAAGCAAAAUCUGGUAUGGGGAAGACUGCUGUGUUUGUAUUAGCUACUCUUCAACAGCUGGAAUUAACAGAAAAUCAAGUCUAUGUCUUAGUGAUGUGUCAUACCCGAGAACUAGCUUUCCAAAUCAGUAAAGAAUAUGAGAGGUUUAGCAAAUACAUGCCACAUGUGAAAGUUGGUGUAUUUUUCGGUGGCUUACCUAUUCAGAAAGAUGAAGAAGUCUUAAAAACUGUAUGUCCUCAUAUUGUUGUUGGAACCCCUGGUCGUAUCCUCGCUCUUGUGCGGACUAAGAAAUUGAAUUUGAAGCAUCUGAAACACUUUAUACUCGACGAAUGUGACAAAAUGCUCGAGUUACUAGAUAUGCGCAGAGAUGUACAGGAAAUAUUUAGAAGCACGCCACAUAGCAAACAAGUCAUGAUGUUCAGCGCCACAUUGUCCAAGGAAAUACGUCCUGUCUGCAAAAAGUUCAUGCAAGAUCCCAUGGAAGUCUAUGUCGAUGACGAAGCGAAACUCACUUUAAACGGUCUGCAGCAACAUUAUGUCAAAUUGAAAGAAAAUGAGAAGAAUAAGAAAUUGUUUGAACUACUUGAUGUUCUCGAAUUUAAUCAGGUUGUCAUAUUUGUUAAGUCUGUCCAAAGAUGCAUGGCUUUAGCACAACUUCUGACAGAACAAAAUUUUCCUGCAAUUGGAAUUCAUCGAGGCAUGACACAAGAAGAGCGAUUGUCUAGAUAUCAACAAUUUAAGGAUUUUCAAAAGCGUAUUUUGGUAGCAACAAACUUGUUUGGACGAGGUAUGGAUAUAGAACGUGUGAAUAUUGUAUUCAAUUAUGACAUGCCAGAAGAUUCCGAUACAUAUUUACAUAGAGUGGCGCGUGCUGGUCGUUUUGGCACAAAGGGUCUUGCCAUUACAUUAGUGAGCGAUGAAAGUGACGCAAAAAUAUUAAAUGAUGUUCAGGAAAGGUUUGAUGUAAAUAUAACAGAAUUACCAGACGAAAUUGAUCUUGCUUCAUAUAUUGAAGGACGAUGAAUUGCCCUAUGACAAUAUAUAAACUGCAAUAAAAUCUUUUAAAGCACA